CGAACCUGCGCUCGGCCUCCGCGGGUGGUGGCGAUGGCAAUACAUAAUAAUAACAACCGCAGCCGCAGCCACCCUCUUCCCGGGCGAAGGCCAUAAUACCCCCCGCGGGCGCGGGGUGCGCGCAGAGCUGCCAUGAGACGCGGCGCGGCCCGGACCCUGCUGCUCAACAUGUACCUGCCAGAUCCGGUUGGGGAAACUUUGUUCAAAGAAGGCAAAAACCAGACGUGGGGCUCGCUGGGGCCAGGAGUUCAGAAAGGCAGUGGGCAAAUCCAGCUAUGGCAAUUCCUCCUGGAGCUGCUUUCGGACCGGGCCAACCUCAACUGCAUUGCCUGGGAGGGCACCAACGGCGAAUUCAAACUGCUCGAUCCUGAUGAGGUGGCUCGGCGCUGGGGCGAACGCAAGAGCAAACCUAACAUGAACUAUGACAAGUUGAGCAGGGCCCUGCGCUACUAUUAUGACAAGAACAUCAUGACCAAGGUUCAUGGCAAGCGCUACGCCUACAAGUUUGACUUCCAAGGCUUGGCCCAGGUCUGCCAGCCAGCCACCCCUGACCACACCUUGUACAAAUUCCAGGCACCCCUUCCCUUCUCUGGCAUCUCCAAACUCAACUUCAUGGCUUCGGGAGUGACCCCAGCCAGUUUCUCCUACUGGCCGAGCUCUGCCCCUGCCCUGUACCCCAGCCAUGGCUUGCAGGCUUCAACGCCCUUCAGCACCAUGGCAACAUCUCAUAUCAACAAUAUGAAUGGCCAUUACCACUAGACUUCAUGUGGUUGCAUGGGGUAUGGUGAGGAGCUGGGAGAAUAAAGUUUGACCACUAAAUUUCAGCCUAAGAUAUUUCCAGUGCAGAAAAAGGAAUAUUUAUCAGGUUCACCCGCUGUGCUAAAACACAAGGUGGUUUGCCUGAUUUUGGUUUCAUGUAAUACAUGAAACCAACUAGCUAUGGUUUGUACCAUAGUACAAUGUAUCAAUCCAGCCACUCCAACCCACUCAAUAACGACAAUGAAACAGGCCAUGGGUUAGGGCUAGGCAGAUGGCUGGAUCUAGCUAUUUUGUAAAGUGGAAAGAGAAACUUUAUUGAGACAGGCUGGAUCUCAGCACAGGAAUUGGGUCCAUCCAGAGCCAUUUUGGAAUGGAGUCUCACCCCAAUGAAUCCAUAUUUUCCAGGGAACAUUUAAGUAAUUUCCCUAUUUUUUUCAUUUACUAAAACCCACAAUGCAUUGGAGUGAUUCUGACACUCUCUUGUACUUGGAACUUUUGGAACUGUGAAAAUGUGUACAGCCCCUCCCCCCUUGCAAAGUUACAUACAUGCAAUCACACUUCCUAAGAGACUGAUGGAGAAAACUUAGCACCAGCAAGGUAUUUUACUCUGAGACAGAUUGGUGACAGUGUUAUCUAUUUUAGCCUGAAUAUCUCUGGGUAAAAUGGGCAAAGCUAUCUCUGACCAUGCUAUUAUAAUCCACACAGAUAAUACACAGUACUCUCAGUCGAGCAUAUACCAUAACUUGGCUUUCAGUUGAAUCAGAGCAAGAGAUCUACCAAACAUUGGUCUGGAGGUCAAUGUCUUUUUACAAAAUUCAAAUUACAUGAAUGUUUUUGAUUUUCUCAACCCAGCUCAAUUUCUAAACAAUAACCAGUUCUUUAGGGUCUGCAGUUGUGUAGAAGGGAAGAACAUGCCCUACAUCAGGAGCAUCAUGCAGAGCCCGUGCCCACCCCAGCUCCAGCAAUGAGAAAAACAUGAUAUGUUGUGACACAUCAUGUGAUGUGGCGAAUUUGACAUCUGUGCCCUACAGGGUUAUAACUAGAAUGAUCUACCUUCCUUCUCAACAAACAAACAAAAGAUGUCCUAUUAAACAGUGCUUUCCCAGGUGGGACUUCAUGGGAUUUUAUUUAAUAAAAAAAUAAUCCUACGUUGGCAAGAAUGUCCAUUUGAAUUAUAAACAUCUUGCCUUUACUUUUUGUUCUAAGUGAAUCUCAGUCAGAAAUUUGAAAGGGUUAGACAGCUUUAAGUAUGAAAAGGUUGGUGGUUGGCAAUUUCCUAUCAGAUCCCAAAAAGUCAAAUUAAGGCUCCCGGUUCUUCACAUGUUCAUUUUUUUUAAUGCUAGAGAUAUGAUUUUUUUUUUGUAAAUUGAUCUGGUUCCUUGGACAUUAUUAUUCAAACUGUGAUCUUGUUGGGGUUUUUUUGCCUUCUGGCUUUGGAUUAUGACCUUCGCCUUCAUAACACCAUCUCCACUGCUUCCAUUUUUAGGUUGAUGGGCAUUUAUAUAUUCACACUGUUUCCCGUGAUGUAAGAUAAAAACACUGUUCCAGG